AUGGAGAAGGCUUUUGCUACGGGAAACAGCCGGGCCCUUUAUCAACUGAUACGAUCGACUGGCCCUAGGAAAGCAACAGUCAGCGAAACGAUAAAUGGAAAAGAUGGCUCAUCAAUUCACUCGCAAAGACGUCGACUGGAUAGAUGGGCCGAACACCUCGAAGAGCAUUUCAGAUGGCCUCAUACAACACAACCAGUGGAGCUUGAAUGCAAGUAUCACCCCUAUGCAGUGCUAAUCGAGGAUUCGCAUGCUGGGGAUAUGGUUUGUUCAAUGUGCGGUCUCGUGGUGGCUGAUCGUGUGAUUGAUGUCGGAUCCGAGUGGCGGACCUUUUCUAACGAUGCGAAUGCUAAGGAUAUGUGCCGUGUUGGGUCAAGCGAAAACCCGCUUCUUAGUGGCAGCGAUCUAUCCACAAUGAUCAGUGGGCCAUCCUUUUCAGACUCCAGACAAGUAGAUGAUCAGGGCAAAGCACUUUACAAAAGUCGCCGGCAUUUAUCCUCUGCAGAUCGAGUCCUAACGGGUGCAUUUCGUGAAAUUGGCCAAAUGGCCGAACAUCUUAACCUUCCCAAAAGCAUAUCUGAUCAUGCCAACUUACUAUUCAAGCAAGUAUACGAGACGAAAAAUCUCCGCGGGCGUAGCAAUGAUGCAGUAUCAACAGCUUGCUUAUAUAUGGCUUGCCGCCAGGAGGGCGUUCCUCGAACUUUCAAAGAGGUUUGUGCCGUCUCUCGCGUAUCCAAAAAAGAAAUUGGCAAGGUAUUCAAAAAGAUUUUGAAGAUUCUGGAGACAAAUGUCCAAUCCGUAACUGUGGAGGACUUCAUGUCUCGAUUCUGUGGCAACUUGAAUUUGAACAUUGCUGUCCAACGAGUUGCUAACGUUGUGGCCAGGCGUGCUCUCAAUCUAAAUUUGGUUGCUGGCCGCAGUCCCGUAUCGGUUGCAGCCGCGGCAAUCUACAUGGCCGCUUGCGCUCUGGGGUAUCAGAAGGAAAAACGAGAAAUUGGAGAGGUUGCUGGAUGUGCAGAAGCGACCAUCACAUGUGCAUAUCGAGCCAUGCAUGCGCGCGCCAGUGAGCUGUUUCCCGAGGACGUUCGCUUGUCGAUUCGGCCGCUCCCCUUGUGACGAUCUCCCUGAACUAUUUUCUGAUAUGUGUAUAUCGGUUUAUUGGACCCUAUAGAAUUCAUUUGCCGCAAUAAAUCCUGAAAUCAC